AUCGAACCGAUGAUUUCUCCGUUAUUGCCGUCUAGCACAAAAGGCGCAAAUCACGCACCAGCUCAUUCAGUGAAUGAUCGCAUGAUGCAGCUAAUUGUGAAAGGAAUGCUUUACGAAGGCUGCGUGGAUUACUGCCAAGCACAGGCUGUUAAUGAACAAAAAGGCAUUGAAAAAGGCGCGGCACCAACUUCGCUUCUGACCGCUCGACCGCGGUUGACGAGCACCGAUUUGUCGCUUGUAUCCUGGCUUGCAGCAGUCGGACGUGAGCAGUUUACGCUGCCUUUUGAACAGCGAGCUCUGGAUUUGAAAUUCGAAAAAGUGAAGUAA